CGCGACAGUCCAUCAUCGGCCUCUUGUUCCCCAAAGAAUCAGACCCUGGUGAUCUCUCCAACAGCCACCGCCACCAUGCUUGCCAUCAAAUCGUUGUCGUUGUCCCUGGGCACGCUGCUCCUCGCGGCGGUGAGCAGCGCAAUGGAAUGGACCACUGUCGGAUACGAGACCACGGAGGGGAGUCGGUCCAUGCAGGUGCCUUUGAACGACUGCUGGAAGUUCUCGGAAGAGGAGGUCAACACCGUGUUCUUGUCGCGGCCGUGUCGACUAUUCACUGCGAUCGGCUGCACUGGCCGGAGUACCAUGCUCAACCCAGGCCUACACACCUCCUCCGACCCGAUUCCCUUCAUCGACAGUAUCGAGUGUUACUAGCGGCGGGGAGGAUCGAUCUGAUGUAUCAUAUGCACUAUACACCCGUCUAAUGGAAAUAAUUGCCAAUAGCCAGCUUUGCUUUUUCUGAAUCGAAGCGGAAUUGUCCCUAGACG